AUGCUCCUCGACGUCAACAGGAAAUUAUUCGCUCGCUCGGAUCGAGUGAAAUCAGUGGACUUGCACCCGACUGAGCCAUGGCUCUUGACAGGUCUCUACAACGGCCAAGUGAACAUCUAUAACACCGAAACAUCUGCUCUCAUCAAAACAUUUGAAGUUGCCGAAGUUCCUGUUCGAUGUCUUCGGGCAUUCAAUUACAAUACCCAUGAAAAGGUCGCUGCUUUCGAGGCUCACCCAGACUAUAUCGGGAGUGACGAUAUGACUAUCAAGGCUUGGGAUUGGGAUAAGGGUGGAAGGCAUACACACUACAUCAUGAAUAUUGCCGUUAAUCCCAAAGACCCCAAUACCUUUGCCAGCGCCUGUCUCGACCGUACUGUCAAAGUCUGGUCUCUCGGAAAUCCGACACCCAAUUUCACCCUCGAUGCUCACGAGAAAGGAGUAAACUACGUCGAGUACUACCACGGCGCCGAUAAACCCUAUAUCGUCACGACUGGAGACGAUCGUACCGUCAAGGUCUGGGAUUACCACGCCAAAAGCUGUAUACAGACGCUCGAAGGGCAUACAGCCAACGUGUCUUUUGCGAUUUUCCACCCGCUUUUACCUGUAAUCGUGUCUGGUAGCGAGGACGGAACCGUCAAGAUCUGGCACGCCAAUACCUACAGGCUCGAAAACACCCUGUCGUAUUCCCUCGAGCGCGCAUGGUGUGUUGGGUACAAACGUAACAGCAAUGAUGUGGCAGUAGGAUUCGACGAGGGUGUAGUCGUUGUCAAACUUGGAAGGGAGGAACCGAGCUUUAGCAUGGAUCAGGCUGGGAAAAUUAUCUUUGCGAGGAACAAUGAAGUUUUAGGUGCUAAUUUGCAGACAACUCAAGAGGACCCCACACCUGAUGGCCAAAAACUACCUCUCGCCCCGCGCGAACUUGGUAGCACUGAAAUAUUCCCAUCCACAAUCGCCCACUCUCCAAACGGUCGUUUCGUAGCCGUCUGCGGUGACAAUGAGUACAUUAUUUACACUGCGCUUGCGUGGAGGAAUAAGUCAUUCGGACAAGGCACUGCGUUUGCUUGGGCAGAGGAUUCCAACACCUACGCUGUCCUCGAAGUUGACAGGGAAGCAGCGAGUCAAGGACUUGGGGGAUGGGCCAUUGACGGGCUGCACGGUGGAACGCUACUUAGUGCACGGUCUGGAGCCGGAUUCGUCGUUUUUUGGGAUUGGGAGAGUGGCGAGAUUGUUAGGAGGAUCGAGGCGGAUGCUAAGAACAUUACUGGUCUCCUAAUGGCGCACUCGGAUGCAUACGUUGCUGCCCUCGAACAGGGACCAGUUGGUGACGAAGGUGUGGAGGAUGCGUUUGAGUUGGUUGCUGAGAUUCCCGAAUCUGUGAAGACGGCUAAAUGGGUUGGCGAUUGUUUUGUAUACACCAACUCAACCAACCGCUUGAGUUAUGUGGUGGGCUCUCAGACGCACACAGUGCAGCAAUUCGAUUCGCCAAUGUUUGUCCUAGGUUAUAUGCCGACACACAAUCGAAUCUACGUGGUAGAUCAGGCAAUGAACAUAUUCGGAUACUCAUUGUCUCUGGCACUGGUCGAGUACCAAACAGCUGUUUUGAGGGGGGAUUUAGAUGCUGCAGCCGAGCUAUUGCCUACUGUUCCACAAGACCAGAGGAACAAAAUUGCGAGGUUCUUGGAGGCUCAGGAUUUGAAGGAACUCGCCCUUCAAGUAUCCACCGAUCCAGACCACAAAUUCGAUCUUGCUAUCCAACUGGAUGACUUGACCACUGCCCUCACAAUUGCUCAGCAAACACCAUCUCCAGAAAACGAAACCAAAUGGAAGGCAGUCGGAGACCGAGCCCUCGCAGCAUGGAAGUUCACACUCGCCAAAGAGUGUUUCGAAAAGGCUGGAGACACAAGCUCACUACUUCUCUUACUCCUUGCAUGUGCAGAUCGGGAUGGGCUGAAAACUUUGAGCGGAGUUGCCGCGGACAAGGGGCAGAACAACAUCGCGUUUGCAUCCCUCCUCCAAUUAGGGGAUGCGAAGGCAUGCGCCGAGUUGCUGGUGAAGACUGACCGAGCCCCGGAAGCUGCACUGUUUGCGAGAACCUAUGCACCUAGCUACGCUCCAACAGCAGCACGCGCCUGGCGCGAUGACUUGGAUAGCCAUGGCAAACCAAAGAUAGCUGAUAUGAUUGUGAAUCCAAGCGACAAUCCCGAACUAUUCGAAGAGGGAUGGGAGGCCGCGCUAGCCAAGGAAGAGGGCCGGGACAUGCCGGACGAUGAAAAAGAGGAGCAGCCACAUGGUGAAAACGAGGAUGGCGUAGAGGCGUGA